AUGCCUUCCACUUCUCUCGCCGACCUGGUGGCCGCCCUCCCCUCGGAGGACACCUGGGGCCCCUCCACCUCUGCCGAUAACAUGCUUGCAGGUGUGCCAUAUGCUCCUUUCUCCAAGGGCGACAAGCUUGGCCGCAUGGCCGACUGGACUGCUGAGAGCAAGGAGCGUCAGAACCAGCGUCCCCAGUACAACCGUGGUUUCAGAGACCAGCAGGUGUACGGUGCCGGUACUUCCAACCUCUUCACUGUCGCAGCCGCCGAGGACGAGUCCUCUUUCUCCGUCGUCGAUAACACUCGCGUCCAGAAGCGCGGUUUCGGCCGUGGCGGUGGCACCGUUUUCCGUGGCCGUGGUGGUCAGCGCGGUGCUGCCAACCAGCGCGGUGGACGCGGUGGCUUCCAGCGUGCUGGCCCUGUUGGCCGCGGUCAGCAGAGCGGCUACCAAUUCAGCGAGCGUGGCGGUGGUCGCGGUGGCCGUGGUGGCCGUCGUUUCGGCUGGAGGGACUACGACAAGCCCCAGCGCAUUCGCGAGGCCUCUGUCAACAUUCGCCCUGACUGGAAGAUGCUCGAGGAGGUUGACUUCACCCGUCUCCCCCCCGUCAAGAACGCCGAGCGCAGAAUGCAGGCCCUCGACCGUGCUGCCUACAAUGUCACCACCUCCCAGGAUCCCGUCAUCAACGAGCUCUCCGAGAAGAACGCCGCUACCGUCUUCGCCACCUCCGAUAUCCUGUCCAUGCUGAUGUGCGCCACCCGCAGCGUCUACUCGUGGGAUAUCGUCAUCGUCCACCAGGGCGACAAGAUCUACUUCGACAAGCGCGACGGUGCCUCCUUCGACAUGGUCAGCGUCAACGAGAACGCCAUCGAUGCGCCCCUUGAGGCCGCCGAGGCCGCCGGCAAGCAGGAGCAGAUCAACACCCCCAACGCCCUCGCCAUGGAAGCCACCAUCAUCAACCACAACUUCGCCCUGCAGACCCUGAUCGAGUCCGACAAGUCCAAGGUUUCCUUCGCCAAGCCCAACCCCUUCUACGACGAGACCGAGGAGACCGAGCCCCUCGCCUCCAAGGGCUACAAGUACCGCCGCUUCGACAUCUCCCUCGAGCGCGACGAGGAGCCCGUCUCCAUGGUCGUCCGCACAGAGGUCGACGCCGUCAUGAAGGGCGGCCCCACCGGCUCCGAGGACCAGCAGCUCAUCAUCAAGGCCCUGAACGAGUUCGACCCCAAGGCCCAGGGCUCCGGCGGUGCCCUCGACUGGCGCAGCAAGCUCAACUCCCAGCGUGGUGCCGUCCUCGCCACCGAGAUGAAGAACAACAGCGCCAAGCUCGCCCGCUGGACUACCCAGGCUAUCCUGGCCAAGGCCGACGGCAUGAAGCUCGGCUUCGUCUCCCGUGUCAACCCCCGCUCUGCGGCUGCUCACGUCGUCCUCGGCGUUGCGGGCUACAAGCCCCGCGAGUUCGCUAGCCAGAUGAACCUUAACCUCGGUAACGGUUGGGGUAUUGUUCGUACUAUCGUUGACCGUAUCCGUUCUCUGGAUUCGGAGGAGCCCGCUGAGAAGGUUAAGAAGUACGUCCUCAUUAAGGACCCUAACAAGUCUGUCCUGCGUCUGUACAGCGUUCCUGCUACUACUUUCGAGGAGGAGGAUGAGGAGCUUGAGGAGGAGAAGGAGGAGAAUGAUGAGGCUGAUGAGUAG